AUGAGAUUCUUGUGGUCUGGAAAAGGCUCUAUCGAACUGGCAGUCAAUCUGGAAAUUAUGCGUGGAUUUGUAAACAUUAUCAUCGAGGAUUCGGAUGAGUCAUCGGACGAGGACGAACUGCUGCUCCGAGCGGAGCUUCGAGAACAGGAGCAAAGGGCCCUCAUCGACUUGGAUAUCGCUUCAGUGCGUGAUCUUCACGUGCGUACCAAUGUUGAGUUUGAUGGUCUUCUAAACGGCCUCGAUGCACCGAUUCCUACAAAAGUGAUCAGUUUUGCGGCAAAGGAGUUCCUGCAAGUGAAGCGUCGUUUUGACCAGAACUGGUGGAUUGGACGUGUGGUGCGUGAGGGUGCACCGAUCGGCUUCCUACCCAGCCCCUCGAAGUUGGAGACGCUGCGCCAUUCCAUCCAAAAUAAUCUCUCUCAGCUUCUCCUCUCUGAGGCUCUCAACGUCGCUGCUUCCAACAGCCCCCCUAACGCCUCCUCUUCCGCCGCUGCCGCCGCUGCCUCCGUCUCUGGAGGCGGAGCUAAUCCCCUUAACCCCACCAUGGCCUCCGGUCUAGGAGUCUCGCUGCCUGACAUGGAGUCGGAGAAGGCGACUGCACAGACAGUUCCUGCUCUGGCAACUACCCUUCCAUCUACACCAAAGAAGAAGCCCUUUUUCAAAAAGGGCUUUACCGGCCCCCCUUAUGAAUUGGUACCAAAUGUACGCCCGGUGGUAGUGGUGGGACCUGCCCUCAAGGGCUACGAGGUCACUGACAUGAUGCAGAAGGCGCUCUUCGACUCCCUUAAGCGGUACUUUGAGGGGCGCCUUGUUGUGACGCGAGUGGCGAGUGAAAUUACUGCAUGGAAACGAUUGAAUGUCUUGGUGAAUAUUGACAAAAAAGCCCUCACAGAUCGUACUCGCGGUCGACAAAUAAUCACAGCCCUCGAGGUUCAGCGCGAGAUUGAGCGAAUCUUCGACCUUGCCACCUCAAUGCAGUUGAUUGUUUUGGACAGUGAAACAAUCAACCAUCCCCAUCAGAUUGCCAAAUCCUCUCUCGCUCCCAUAAUGGUCUAUAUUAAGAUCUCAAGUGUUCGCGUCCUCCAACGUCUUAUCAAAAAUCGAGGCAAAACCCAGAAGAAGCAGAUCAGCUCUCAAGUCGCCGCUGCUGAGAAGUUACUUCAGUGCACAGAGGAGAGCUUUGAUGUCGUUUUGGAGCAAAACAGUUUGGAGAGCGCUACGGAGGCGUUGGCGAACUACCUCGAAUCCUACUUGAAGGCAAUUCAUCACUACGGUGAUCAUGGAAAGGGCGAUCGUCAGUUCUCUCCUCCUCCGCCCCUCUUGAGUCUAAAGCCUAACGAGGCGAAACCCCUGCCCCCAAUGAUCCCCGGUCGGCCUGGACUCAAUAUCGCUUUCGCUGCAGCAGGGUCAGCCGGAUUCCAAUUGCAAGAACUGACAGUCCUCGCUGGUGACCGUCAUACCAGUCAUUCAAGUACUCUGGGCGAGGGUGAAGGGGAAGGUGGUGGUGAGGGCGAAGAAGGGGAUGAGGAGAGGGAGAAAAAGAAAGAAAAGGAAGAUGAAGUCAAAAGAGGGGAAGACGAGGGCGACAAAGCAGGUCACAAGACGGACUCUGAGAAAACUGUGAAGGACGGUGGAGUACCUGCUAUGGUGGAUGUAAAGAAGAAGUCUCUCUCGGCGCUGAAGGUGGGUAAGGUUGAGAGUAAACGCGAGGGUGUCGGCAUCUUAAAGCUAGGUGCCGUCAAGAAGCACAAGCAAACAUUAUCCCAAAUUAUACCUGAUCGCGCACACGCCAUUGCUCUCGCUGAGGCGGUGGUUAAGAACGCUAACGCUGCUGCUGCCGCUGCAGCUGCCACCCGUCUUGAGGUGCCGGGUGGCGCCACUAUCGGUCUUCACCAGUCCCAUCAGGCGGCUCACAGCGAUCCAAGUGGCACUCCCAAAAUCUAUGCGAGUCGGUCCUCGAGGCAGGCAAAACAACGUCAGGAGGAGAUGGAAAACGCGCGUCGGAGGUCAGAGGAGGCGACACGAGCAGCAGCGGAGGCGCGAGCGGCAAGUGGAGCACAGCGACAGGAGAAGAGACGUCAACGACGUCUACUUCUCGCGGAGCAGGCUGCUGUUGCAGCUGCACGCCAUGGUGGCGGCGGAGCAGUAAAGUUCGGUGAGAUUUCAGGUGGCGAAAAGGGACCGGUAUUAGGUCGCGGGUCUAGAGCCCGCAUGCCACCUGACGAUGAGCUACAGAGUGCACCGGGAAGCAACUUGCGCAGGAACACGUCCAGCGCUGCAGAAGCGUCUGGUCCAUUGGGUCCUCUACCACCCUACAACAAGGCUAUACCCCUUAUCAUCUAUCCGCCUUCUGAGAACUAA